UGGACUCCAACAGCUAGCUGGCUAGGGCGUUGCUAGCGGCAGAAAGUGGGAUUUUCGGUACCGCUUUUUGCAAGUUUAUUUCCUUGUACAAAUAACGUCUUGCGUUGAAGAAAAACAGCGUUUGAUAUUAGCUAAGAGUGUAACCCUUCUCGGUGGGCCUUCGUGUCGUUGUUUGCGGAGGACCGGUGUUACUUUCUGUCCCGUUAGCCGCGCAGCUAGCCUGCUUCCAUCCACGGGAAUUCUGCCGACAAACGACUGGAUUCUGGAAACAUGGAGUCAAGGAGCGUCGCGCGCUGCUAACCGACUUCACUGGGGUGUCUUUCCCCGAGGAGACUUUCUAAAGGACAUAUUACGGAGACAUAUCGCAAGCCAGUCGACAUCCAUGCCGUGUUGUAUGUGUAUUUCUCGCUCGUUGGUCGGCUCAUUGUUGUGAACGGGACUUUGCUUAGUUUACACUCGAAACAAGAGCAUACGGAGCAAAGUUUUUUUUUUUUUCUUUUUUUUUUUUUCUUCUCGCUGAUAGAGCUCGUAUGUUUUGUUAGUAGUUAAGUUAGCUGGCGAGAUUCAACACCAGCCAGCUUUCCGUGAGAAGUUUUUUUUUUUUUUUUUUUUUUUAAACAAAAAAAACAUUUUAACCGACCAUCUCACCGAUUUAGUAUUUUUUUUAAUUUUUUUUUUUUAUAUCUUCCGUUUUCCACCGGUAUAACAUUAGCAGUUGUUGCUAAUUUGUAACACGGGUCGUUUGCACUCCGUAUUGAGCUGUUCUUAUGGUCACGGGAGAGUCGUCUCCACGGCCACAGGCAGCAGGCUCUUCUGGGAACGAGGAAGACAGAACGGGACUGGUGGCAUCUCCAGCAUCUCCAAAGAGCAUUUAGGAACCGAGGCCAUUCAUCCGAACCGGGGUGGCGGCUGCAGACGGACUGCAUCGCAGGGCCACGGCGUCUGUUACAUCGGAUAUUGUGUGUGUGUGUCCACGGUUCAUAUCAGGCGGAGAACUGCGAUGUGAACGCGAAGGAUUCAUACGAGGAGUUCGUGCAUGCAAAGACAACUUGUGCCAGCUGACGCAGUGCAUUUUCUCGUGUUGCCAAAAUAUUUUUUAUAGUCGUGGUGGGAUAUCAUCUUACUGCUAAUACGACAGAGGCCCCGGUUAUUGUUUUAUAUAUGCACUGUCUAUUCCUUGCUAUUCGAUUUUGGAGAGGAUUAACUUUAUUGGUUCACAGAUAGCGUAGUAUUUUUGUUUCAUCCAGUGUUUGGACGUGCCUUCCAACAACCCAACAGUGUUCUACAAGUAAUUCAUAUCUUCAACACCAUUCUAAAGAUCUCUGCCUACUUCAGACUUAUGCCAGAGAAGGACGCUCCAGAAAAUCGCCUCAUCACACUCUGGAAAAUGUUAAUCGGAUAUAAUUUGCUGCAAAUCUAGAACCGGAAGCCCAAUGAGUGACACACAGUCCAGCUUCACUGACAGGUUUCCCAAGAAAGCAAACAGAACCAGCAGCAUUCUCAGUAAAGACCACCCCCCGGACAAGAAACCCAAAAGUGACAAAACCUCACUUCCCUCCAAUGAGUUUGACCCUACAGAAGCUCUGCAGAAGAGUGGCAGCAGCAGUGUGCUAGCAGAGGGGAAGCCUGAGUCCUGUGGUCUGGUUCAACGAUGUGUAAUCAUCCAGAAAGAUGAAAAUGGCUUUGGGCUCACUGUCAGCGGUGACAACCCAGUGUUUGUGCAACUUGUCAAAGAAGAUGGGGCUGCCAUGCGGGCAGGUGUUCAGACAGGGGAUAGGAUCAUCAAGGUUAACGGGACCCUUGUUACACAUUCAAAUCACAUUGAGGUGGUGAAACUUAUCAAAUCGGGCUCCUAUGUGGCCCUCACAGUGUUGGGGCGUCCUCCAGGGCUCGCCCAGAUCCCUUUGUCUGAAGCAGAGUCCGAAAUGUUGGGGGUUAGCAUUUCGUCUCCAAACUCCCCAGCAGCAGAACGCCCCUACAGUGCUCUGGACCGCCUCUCCUUCACUCAACCACCAUGGGAUGAGAAUAGCAGUGUCUGCAAUCAGAGGGUUGACAUGUUGCAAAAGAUGCUCUCAAAAGAGCAGCAGGAGCUACAGGUCAUGAAGGAGGAGUACAGCAGGAACCCCUCCCCCAAACUACUGAAAGACAUCCAGGAAGCUAAGAAACACAUUCCUCAGCUGCAGGGUCAGCUCCUCAAGGCCACUGGGGCAACACAGGAGGCUGUUCCGGGUGGAGAUGCAGAUGAUGGUAGCAUGUUUGAGACGCAGCACUCUAAAGGAGACAACAGUACAGACCUGUCCUGGAGUAGCACUCCUCUUUCUUGCAGAUUUGGGCCUGGAUCUCCAGAGAGCCUUUACCAAAGACAGUCAUCCAGCCCAAAGAGCACCCCCAGGAACAGCUUCAACUCCUGCCACUCUCCAGAGGCAGAGGACGCCACUGACCUGGACUCUCUGUCUCCUACCACAGUCAGCAGUACCUCUUCCGCCCGCCUCGCCUCUCAAAUAAUUGGAGCUGAGGACGACUACUUCGAUUCAGACCAGGAGCAGACAAAUGGCCAAUGUAACAGCUUUAACAACGUUGAGCAGCUCAAGUCUCGUCCCGCACACCUCGCAGCCUUCCUUCACCAUGUCAUCUCUCAGUUCGACCCUGCUCCUGUGCUGUGCUACCUCUAUGCCGACUUCUACAAGCAGACCAACUCCAAAGAGACCAGACGGGUGUUCAUGGACCUCCUCACGUUUUUCAUUGACCGUGGAGCAAAUUUGAAAGUUGCUGUCCCUGAAUCCAUCUCUACUGAUCUCGACCGCCGGCGGACAGAACUGAUCCCUGAGGAAAUAAACAGACAACAUGUUCAAACACUGCAGGACUCUCUGCUCCCUGACAUACAGAAGAACCUUGAGGAUUUCAGGCAGAAGCGCAGUAUGGGCCUCACAGUGGCUGAAGUAGAGCUGGCCAGACUGGACCAAGAGAGAGUCAGAGACCGUGUCGCUCUGGAGCGAGAGCGCUCAUACGCUGAAAACAUCAUCACCAAGAUAGAGGAAGUCUUGUUAACUACUCAGACCACAGAGGAAGAGAAAUGCACUACAAUGCAGUAUGUCAUCUAUACAUACAUGAAGCACCUUGGGGUGAGGGUCAAGGAACCUCGAAGUCUGGAGUCCAAACGUGUCAGGAUCAACUUCCUUCCCAAGAUCAAGAAAAGCAUCAAGACAGAAAAGGAAGGAGAAGAGAAGGUGAAGAAACCCAGAUUUCCCAGCAUCCUUGGACCUCAGCGUCGGCCCAGCCGCAUUGAAGCAGCAUCUGUAGGUAAAGCCUUGGAUGGUCGCCCCCGGCCGCAGAAACAGUUAUCUCAGCCGACACUCGGGGCAAGUGAUCACAUGGAAGCUGGUCGUCUCAGAGGCAGCCAAUCGAGUGAGGGCUCGGAACUCAUGCACUCCAUGUCUACCAACACCACAAUCCCAAACAGCGCCACCUAUAGCUCAGACAAUAGCCGAGACACUGAUAUGGGUGGGACUCCGACCUCAGGCCUGUCCAGGCUGAGUGACGGCCUUCAGUCCGACCCCCUUGAUGGGUUGCCGUACCCUGCUUCGCACUUUGACCUUUACAGCCUGGACCAACUGCAAGAGGAUGACAGAGAAAGCGACAGAACCCACGAGGGAACACCAAAGGUCAUAAGAAGGCUGGAGGGACUGGGAGCAGCUGACGUCCAGAGUGAGGACGACCAGGGAACAGACUCUGAGCAUGACCCUCCAAACUGGCAGCAACUGGUGGGGCGAGAGGUCCUAGCGGGUCUCAGGCCUCAGGAAAUCAAGAGACAAGAAGUCAUUAACGAGCUGUUUUAUACAGAGCGUGCACAUGUAAGGAUGCUGAGAGUUUUGGACCACGUUUUCUACCAGAAGCUCUCCAAAGAGGCCAUCCUGCCUCCUGCUGACAUCAAGAACAUCUUCACCAACCUGGAUGAGAUUCUACAGCUGCAUGCUUCAAUACUGGAGCAAAUGGCUGCUGUUCGGAAGAGAAAUGAGUCUUCAGUAAUUGAUCAGAUAGGAGACGACUUGCUCACUUGGUUCAGCGAUGGAGAGGAGGAGAAGAUCAAGAAGGCGGUGGGGAUGUUCUGCAGCAAUCAGCCAUUUGCUCUUGAGAUCAUCAAGACCAAGCAGAAGAAAGACUCGCGGUUUACUUCGUUCGUCCAGGAGGCAGAAAGUAACCGACUGUGCCGCCGACUGCAGCUUAAGGACAUCAUUCCUGUCGAGAUGCAGCGGCUCACCAAGUACCCGCUGCUCCUAGACAACAUCGCCAAGUACACAGACAACGCCGUAGAGAAGGACAAAGUGAAGCAGGCGGCAGACGGCUGUAGAAAGAUUCUCAAUCACGUCAACCAGGCUGUCAAGGAAUCUGAGGACAAGCAGAGGUUGGAGGACUAUCAGAGAAGAUUGGACCUCUCUUCUCUGAAGCAGACCGACAACCCAAUGAUCCUGGAGCUAAAAAAUUUGGAUUUAACCAAAAGAACGAUGGUGCACGAGGGACCUCUGUCAUGGAAAGUGAACAAGGAUAAGACUAUUGAGUUGUACACCCUCCUGCUGCAGGACAUCUUGGUUCUACUCCAGAAACAAGAUGAACGGCUGAUCCUAAAGUGUCACAGUAAAAACCUGGCAGGCACCGCAGAUACCAAACAUAUCUUCAGCCCCAUCAUUAAACUGAACACUGUGCUGGUCCGCUCUGUGGCCACAGACAACAAGUCCUUCUUCGUCCUAUCCAUGUCGGACAACGGAGCCCAGAUCUAUGAGCUGAUGGCGCCCACAGUCUCGGAUCAGAGAACGUGGCAGCGUCUAAUCACUCAGAGAGCCGAUGCCAUGAAAGUCAAACCUCACAGCGUCAUACCAUUACCUCAGGCCGAUGGGGAGAGAGACGGGGUGGAGAUCAUUACAGCAGGUGUUUCCAGGUUGAGUCGAGACCCAGACCGCACAUCCACCGGCAGCACCCAGUCCACAGAUAAAGAGAGCAGUCCAGCCCCUAGAAGUGUGACGCAGAGUUCUCUACCAAGUAAUAAUCCAUUUGAGGGAAUAAAGACAGAGGAAGAGGAGGAGGAAGGUUUUGUGGACCCAGAGCUUCCUUAUCAAGCGGCUAAAGAUGGCAAAGGAGGAGACUCGUUUAACAUGUUUCCCUCCAGAGCAGACGAAGCACUGAAAACAUUGGCAGCAUUGAAGCAGGUGUUGGUGACCCAGCUGAUGUCCCAGGAGGCUUUAGAGCAAACCAAACGCUCCACGGGCGUACGUCUCCUCAGGACCACCUCUCUGCGUACACCUGUAGACAGCCGCGCUCGGGUGAUGGUCCACAAUGGCUCAGAGAAGAACAGCUCCCAGAUAGAGGACCCAACUCAGGACCUGGGCUCUGGGGACACAGGCUUCUUUGAUUCUCCUGAAGAUUAUGCAGGGUAUCUAGUUCUGGAGGGUUAUGGUGGCCCAGGGGAGAGCAGCACAGAUGAUGACAUAUUGGCAUCAACCACAGGAAAGCAGCUGAGAUCCUCACAGGGCUGUGCUGCUGACUCUGGAAUCAACUUGCGGUUUUCUUCAACGUCACAGGCUGGCAGCCUCUCCUCUUUCAGCAGACAGGUCUUGUCUCACCUUAGAAACCUUCAGGCCAACCUCAACUAUCUGAAGGAGGUUGAGGCCAAGUACAAUAAUAUAAUACGCCAAAGGCCAGAGAGGUCAGCAGCAGACACGGAUGGAAACAAAGAUAAAAGAUAGUGGAAAACAGUACCGCAGCUUUUAGCUCUGGUCCCAAAGAGGAAGUACCGAUUUGUGGUCUGUUCCUACUUGUGUCCUGGACUUUCUGGACAUCCUAUAAGCUUCCCCUCUCACUGCUGAGCCCCUUGUUUUACUUCACCCUCGCCCACGGUUGCCACAGAGAAUGAGAGACUGAGUGAGCAGAAACGUUUGAAGGGUGGAGUCAUCUUUGUGAUGCCGCAUCCCCCCAUAUCAGCACAAGGCAAUCAGGAAAGUG